AUGGACCCAAAUUUUGAUUCUGUAGAGAAACCAGCUCGUCGCGGACCUACCCAAGGAGGUCAUGGAGCAUCUAGAUACUCUCCAUCUGUUGGUAAAAACCCUCGUUUCCCUAACCCCAAUCAAACAUCUCUAUUUUCAAGUAUUUUAACCUCUUAA